UGCUGAUAAUUGUCGUUGACAUUGCUGUUUAUGAGUUGAAAUUGACAGCACCGGUCGCGACAGACAAAGCGUCAUUGAUAAUCGAAGGCAGCGGGCUCGCGGGCUAAGUAACGAAUGAUGAUUUAGUGGCAAGAUCAAGUGAGUGUCGUGUGAAAGGAAAAGUGUGCGGAACGUUCGGCGGCGAAAAGCGCGCUAGUGCCAGACGCCAGUUUCAGUGAGCGUGCCACUCGCCGCACUUACACGGGGCACUGAUGGAGAAUAACCGACCGGCGAGAGAGAUCGAGCUGUGAUUUUGAUUGGAAUAAUGCGAAGCCUAGAUAGGCUAUCGGGUAGCGACCAAGACUGUGGUGAUCGGGAAAUGUACAUCGACCUGGACGACGCCUCUGUUGACUCGCUUACCGGCAAACGUACUCGCCACCAUGUCGCGGAGGUGGGCGAGGAGAGCGACAGCAGCGGAAGCGAGAGGAGUCCGAAGCAGGCGAAGAGAAGAAAUCGCAGCAGUGCGCCGCCGACCACGAGAAGACGGAAAAGCGGAAUUUCCGCACGCGAGAGGAACCUGAGGAGGCUCGAGAGUAACGAGAGAGAGAGAAUGAGAAUGCACUCCCUCAACGAUGCCUUUGAGCAAUUACGCGAGGUAAUACCACACGUAAAAAUGGAGAGGAAGCUCAGCAAGAUAGAAACGCUCACGUUGGCUAAAAAUUAUAUAAUAGCACUGACAAAUGUCAUAUGCGAGAUGCGCGGCGAAGAACAGCCGUACACAUUUGUUGAUGGCGAAUGCGGUUCCAGCAGUGGUGACAGUACCGGCCAAUUAGAAUUAAGUGGGGGUGAACAACCGGACGAAUCAUCCCCCGCGUCAAUUCACGAAACCAACAAUAACAGUCUUCUCCACGAAGAUCUAGAACGCAGGAUCUAAAAAAAUUCGAUCUAAACGACAAGUGUCGGGACACGUACAUGCACACAAUCACGCGCACACAUACACGCACAGACUCUGUGAUAAACUAUCAUAUUAGUGCCUUUCGUAGAGACAGCAAUCCGCGACGAUUUGCUCAUUACUCGCCAUGGAUCUUCGUAGAUCAUCGUACGUUUUCGAAAAAUCCGUGCAACAAAACGAUGAGUCCGCUGGGAUGCAAUAAAAGAAACGCAAGAAUAGGAAGAAGGGAAAACAAAUAGAAAGAGAAACAUAAGAUAAAUAUAACAAAAUAGCGGAAUGAAUAAAGAAAGGACAAGAAAAAGAGAAAAAUAGAAAGAAUACGCGUUUUUAGAUACGUAAUACACGGGACGUUUCCGAUCUAACGCAUAAUCCUUUUCAAAGAGAGAUUUCUCGAGGAGUCGAGAUGUCCUUAGAAGAAGUUUCAUAGAAAGCCAUUAUUUUUAUAACUUAAUUUCUAUCUAUUACGCUAGAGAACUAUCUUAACAGCCAAAAGAUUCCAUUAUAAUUAUAUUUGUCUAAAAUGAUUUGAGG